CUUUUGCCAGUAACGUCCAAUGCAUCGUCGGCGCGCCUAUAUAAAGACGCCCUCCCCAUGGUUCACGGCAAGUUGUUCCGUGGGAGCCAAGGCAAUUUCACAACACCUACCAAGACUCUGUCGAGAAGAAGAAAGAACGAAGAACCAUCCGCGACAGCAAAUCGUGAAGACCUUUUUGCUUUCUUUUUUGCCCGUGGCGGUAUAUGCGAUGCCAGUGCUUCAAGACGGUGAUGUGCUCUGGCAGACGAUCACUACCUCGGAAGCCGACGCCAGAGCUGCUGCAGCGGCCUUCAACGACGACGGCAUCGACGGGGCAUGUAUCACACACUGGUUUCAAUAGCUUGCGGAAUAUGCAUUUGCUAACUUGGCCCUGUCAUAUAGACUUGUGACAAGUCCACACACAUCUGUCAGUUCUGGUGGGUACUCCUGCCUACCUAUCCACAAGGUGACAACCGAUUUCCCGCCGCAUGGGGAGGUAUGGGAGCUCUAUCUUCGCUCGACCCGGAGGAGAUGCAUCAGAUCGAAGUGUCGUACGGGAAGAUGUACUGCUAGUCGCAGACUGGGCAGCACUUGGACCGCCACGUGCGAAUAGCAGUCUGGCACGCCUGUUGGACGUGGUUGCAGGUGGAGGUGGUGACGAGCACAGGUGGCGGGCGG